AUGGUAGAGAGAUGGCGAAAGGAGACACACUGCUUCAAUUUUCGUGAAGGCGAGUGCACCAUCACACUUAAGGACAUCGCCAUCCUAACCGAUCUCCCCAUCGAUGGUGAUGUUGUUUGUGUGGACUCUACGCCACCACCUAAAGUUGUUGCCAAUAUGAGUGGUUGGCAACAUUUUAUAUGGACGGUCACCGGGUUGUGUCCGCCAGAAAAGGGAGAUCACGAUGCGGAUGGUCAUCCACCAUUGUCCAAGGGCCAAGUAUCCAUCACGUGGUUGACGGCGGAGAUAAGGCGUAAGCACAACCCUGAGUUCGGAGGCAUUCCCCUCACGGAGGAAAGUUCGGAGCGCGAUAAAGACAUUUAUGCACGUAUCUACAUCCUCGGCAUGAUCGGAGGAGUUUUCUUCCCCAAGAAAUCCAACAACCUAAUCAGCAAUUCAUGGUUGAAGAUCAUACUUGGUAGUUGGGAUGAUAUGGGAAACUUGAGCUGGGCAUCUGCUUGCCUAGCCCAGCUCUACCGAUCCCUAUGUAAUGCUAGUGCGAGAGCGGUGAAGGAGAUUGAUGGGGCAAUGUUCAUCGUCCAAUUUUGGGCUUGGGAGCAUUUGCAAUGGAUUGCGCCGAAGGUAGACCCCGACAAGGAUUGGGGACCCGAUCAUCCCCUACGACACGAAGCUUAUGGUUGUAGGUAA